CCAUGUUUCUAUUUCUGGUUCUUUUUUCUUUUUUAACUCUACCCCCACCCUGGGGCUUGAACUCAGGACCCUGAAAUCAGAUCCCAAAAUUCAGAGUCGUCUGCUCUACCGACUUUGAUCCAGCCAUGUGCCCCACCUAUUUCCUGUUCUGAUCACAUUCAUUAUCUUGUCAAUUCUUACAUUAAUUCCAUAGGGUAGAUAUUAGUUUCACAGCUGAGGAAACGGAGCCUCAGGAGAAGGAAUUUGCCCUAAUAAUAUUGUAAAGCUGAGAACUGGCUUUGGCAUUGUUUGGCUUUAAAACACUCUCUAUUCAAUGCUUCAUUUACUUAACAGCAUGCUACUUUCCCAGGUUUUAACCACCAUUUCGGACUCAUUCACUCAUUUACUCAAUAAAUACAUAAUUGCAUACCUGCUAUGUGUCAACUAAUAAAGAAGCAUCUAAAUAAAAAUAAAACCCACCAUGUGCUAUGCAAAUGAUGACAAACGGAUAUACUAGCGAGUGCGGGCAGAGGCGGGUUAUUCUACUUCUGGGAACCCUCCCCCUGCCCCUCGGAAACACACACAACCUGACCCCCCACACUCCGAAACGCACGCACGCACAUUGACAACCUGCUCCGUGUAAAACGGUUAGAUGACCGUAGCUAACGGAGACUCGAGAUCAGGAAGGCAGGCUGGUCGCCCACCUGGGUGCGCUGACAGCCUUGGUUGGUACCGGGAAAACGGGAGUUUUGUUUUUUACCCGGACUUCUAUUCCGAAAUGUCUCAGCUCAUAGAGACCGAAGGGGAGAGUUGUGGCUGGCUCAGAACCAGGCUCGAGGCUCCACAGAGACACGCCUUAUCGGACCCGACUUAAACCCAACUGGGGACACUCAGGCUCCACAGAAUGUGCUCAGGAAGAAUGAUUUGACCAGGUGCAAAUCCCCACUCGUCCUCCGCGUGGAUCAGGAGGCGAGCGUCACGUGACGCGCGUCACGUGGCGCCGGGGCGGGGCCUGUGGCCCCGCCCCCGAGAGGCCUUUUCCCGGACGCCGGAAGCGCUAGCGCGGAGCUUCUGAGCGGCUGGGUCGCGCGCCCUCCGCCAUGGCGACCAGGGCAAAGCGCCGGCGGGUGGCGGGGCCUGUGGGAGGCGACGCGGACCCGGACCCGGACCCUGUGGCCGGCUUCCUGAGCUGGUGCCGGCGGGUGGGGCUGGAGCUGAGUCCCAAGGUGGCGGUGAGCCGGCAGGGCACGGUGGCCGGCUACGGCAUGGUGGCCCGGGAGAGCGUGCAGCCCGGGGAGCUGCUGUUUGCCGUGCCGCGGGCCGCGCUCCUGUCGCAGCACACCUGCUCCAUCGGCGGCCUGCUGGAGCAAGGUGGGUGCGCCGGCGGGGUGCGACAGGGAGGCGUGCCGCGGGGCCGCGCCGGUGCUCUCACCUCUGUGUCUCUCUCAGAGCGAGGCGCGCUGCAGAGCCAGUCGGGCUGGGUGCCGCUGCUGCUGGCGCUGCUGCACGAGCUGCAGGCCCCGGCCUCGCCCUGGAGCCCUUACUUUGCGAUGUGGCCGGAGCUAGGCCGCUUGGAGCACCCGAUGUUCUGGCCCGAGGAGGAGCGUCGGCGAUUGCUGCAGGGCACGGGCGUACCCGAGGCGGUGGAGAAGGACUUGGCUAACAUCCACACUGAAUACUAUUCCAUCGUAUUGCCGUUCAUGGAAGCCCACCCGGAUCUUUUCAGCCCCAGGGUUCGCUCCCUGGAACUCUACCACCAGCUCGUGGCUCUUGUGAUGGCGUACAGCUUUCAGGAACCACUGGAGGAAGAGGAGGAUGAAAAGGAGCCAAACUCCCCUUUGAUGGUGCCUGCUGCAGACAUACUAAACCACUUAGCCAAUCAUAAUGCCAAUCUAGAAUACUCUCCAAAUUGUCUUCGGAUGGUGGCCACUCAGCCCAUUCCUAAAGGCCAUGAAAUUUUCAACACUUAUGGACAAAUGGCUAAUUGGCAACUCAUUCAUAUGUAUGGUUUUGUUGAACCAUAUCCCGACAACACGGAUGACACAGCUGACAUUCAGAUGGUGACAGUUCGUGAAGCAGCAUUACUGGGAACAAAAGUUGAAGCUGAAAGGCUCCUACUGUAUGAACGCUGGGAUUUCUUAUGCAAACUGGAAAUGGUAGGGGAAGAGGGAGCCUUUGUAAUUGGGCGGGAGGAGGUGCUCACUGAAGAGGAACUGACCACCACACUCAAGGUACUAUGCAUGCCUGCUGAGGAGUUCAGAGAGUUUAAAGACCAGGAUGGAUGGGGAGAUGAUAAAAGGGAAGAGGAGAGCUUGACAGUCACAAAUAUCCCCAGGCUGAAAGCAUCAUGGAGACAGCUGCUUCGGGACAGUGUUUUGUUGACCCUGCAAACCUAUGCCACAGACUUAAAAUCUGAACAAGAUUUACUAAGUAACAAGGAGGUCUACACCAAACUCAGCUCGAGGGAACAGCAGGCCUUGCAGGUUCGCUAUGGUCAGAAGAUGAUCUUACACCAGUUGUUGGAACUGACAAGUUAGCAGGUUCCCUGUUGCCUGAAAGACCAUCCACAAGAACUUUAUUCUAAGCUCGCAUUCAUUGAUGCUUGAAAAAAAGGAAAAUCUGGGUCUUUUGCUUUUCCUUUAAUAAAUA